GUAUUUAAAUUUUCAGGGAGGUGAUAAGAUCAAAACAUUGAAGUGAAAUCGAAAAGGUGUCGUAGAAUUUUGUGUUCCCCGCCGGCAACAGCACCGCCUUCCGCCCACAUGCCAUGAUGCCAUAGCCACUCAACCUAAACUUUAACAUUCAUUCUUACAAACACGAAACCCCCAAUGCUAAUAGCUUCGUCUUUAACAUAUUUCUCGUACAAAUUUCCUUAGUUUUGGUCUCUGUUGCCGUUCCUAUUACUUUGUCAUGAUGACCACAAUUGCGCUUAUUCGCAACCGCGCCAUGAAAUCCAUUCGCAGGAUUCUCACCAGUUCUCGGAACUCAUCGCCUUUUCUGUCCACACCUGCAAAUUAUGGUCAUGCUCCUUCAAUUGCUAGCAAUUCGCCGAAACCUCGUUUCAAUCAACACCACCCUUUGCAAACGCAUCGCAUAAAGGGUAUUGCACAGGAAAUUUUUGGCUUGCCCUCUUCGAAUUUCGCCCCUUUAUCAAUGCCCUUUAUUUUAAUCACGUCCAACAGGGACGUAUCUACCUUCAAGGUUCGAAAUUGCUCAACCUCUGUGGAGAACCGUGGCCAUGACAACAAUUUUGAGAGGAUUUACGUACAGGGUGGCAUGAAUAACGUGAAACCGUUGGUGGUGGAAAGUUCUCAUGAGGAUGUUACAGAUGAGAGAAAUUUAAGUGGUGAAGUGAAUGUGAGUGUGGGGAAGAGUAAAUGGGAGGAGUCAGAGGUGGAAAAGGAAGCAUGGAAGUUGUUGCAGGGAGCCGUUGUGACUUAUUGUGGCAACCCUGUGGGGACUGUGGCUGCAAAUGAUCCUGGGGACAAGCUACCCUUGAAUUAUGAUCAGGUCUUUCUUAGGGAUUUUAUCCCGUCAGCACUUGCUUUCUUGCUUAGAGGAGAAAGUGAGAUUGUCAAGAACUUUCUUCUUCACACUUUGCAGUUGCAGAGUUGGGAGAAAACUGUGGACUGCUACAGUCCAGGGCAGGGCUUGAUGCCUGCAAGUUUCAAAGUUAGAACUGUAGCUCUGGACGAAGAUAAACGUGAAGAAGUUUUAGAUCCUGAUUUUGGGGAAUCAGCUAUUGGUCGCGUUGCACCUGUAGAUUCAGGAUUGUGGUGGAUCAUACUCUUGCGGGCUUACGGGAAGCUCACAGGAGAUUGCAGCUUGCAAGAAAGGGCCGAUGUUCAAACAGGCUUAAAAAUGAUCCUUAACUUGUGUUUAACAGAUGGUUUCGAUAUGUUUCCUUCUCUGCUAGUCACUGAUGGUUCUUGCAUGAUAGACAGGAGGAUGGGGAUUCAUGGACACCCUCUUGAGAUCCAAGCAUUAUUUUACUCAGCUCUUCGCUGCUCACGUGAGAUGCUUGUUGUAACUGAGGGAACUGAUCAUCUUAUUAGAGCUAUUAACAACCGACUCAGCGCUCUGUCAUUCCACAUUAGAGAAUACUAUUGGGUGGACAUGAAAAAGAUGAAUGAAAUAUACAGGUAUAAAACAGAAGAGUACUCCAUGGAUGCCAUCAAUAAAUUCAACAUCUAUCCAGAGCAAAUUCCACUGUGGUUAAUGGAUUGGAUUCCAGAAGAAGGUGGAUAUCUGAUUGGGAAUUUGCAGCCAGCUCACAUGGACUUCAGGUUUUUCACGCUUGGAAAUCUUUGGUCCAUUGUAUCGUCAUUGGGCACCCCAAGACAGAACCAGGCUACUUUAAAUCUGAUAGAAGCAAAAUGGGAUGAUCUUGUGGGUCAUAUGCCUCUUAAGAUAUGUUAUCCUGCCUUGGAUAACGAAGAGUGGCGCAUAACUACUGGCUCAGACCCAAAGAAUACCCCUUGGUCAUAUCACAACGGUGGAUCUUGGCCAACCCUUCUGUGGCAGUUCACGCUGGCAUGCAUCAAAAUGGGGAGAACUGAACUUGCCCAGAAAGCAGUUGCUUUGGCUGAGAAAAGACUGCCAGUUGAUUCUUGGCCUGAGUACUAUGAUACACGCACUGGAAAAUUUAUUGGAAAACAAGCCCGGAUGUAUCAAACAUGGACCAUAGCUGGUUUCCUUACAUCCAAGAUGCUUUUGAAAGAUCCGGAGACGGCAUCCAGGUUAUUCUGGGAGGAGGAUUAUGAGCUUCUAGACAUAUGUGUUUGUGGACUUAGCAAGAAUGGCAGGAAAAGGUGUUCCCGUGGUGCUGCCAGGUCUCAGAUUCUUGUAUGAUGAAUACCUAGUGUAGUGUGAAAUUCAUAGAGUUCAGGGGAUCAUUGGUAUAUGCUUAUAGUAAAAGUUACAUAGGAAGGUUAACAUAUUCUGCCUUGCUAUAAUUAUGGUUAAGAAGGCGUUCCUUUAUACUAGGAUGACAAUUCUUACUUUUUCUUAACAAUGAGGACAUAGAAGGUUAAAAGUACGUCCUCUUGUUUGUAUAUGAACUAAUAUUCACAUUGAUUUAUCUCACUAUACGCUCGCUCCUUUGCAGCAUUUUGUAAAA